CGUCGGGUGGUUCUCUCAGCCUAACAAAUGUACGAUGGGCCCAUUCCGUUUUUUUGUCUACAGGUGUUUGCCUAAAAAACCAUCAGCCGCUUGCUAAAAAAUCUGACUUAGUUUAAAGAAAAACAUAAUCAUGAAUAAGUAAAUAUGUUCACAAAAAAUGUUCAUGAUUUUUUAAAAAAUGUUUGUAUUUUUUUUAAAUUAACAUAAUCAAAAAUGUUUUUUUACAAUGUCUAGAACAACUUAACCUGUAGACAUGCAUGGGUGGCUGCUGUUGUAACGUACGUACAUAACCAUGUUUGAGUCCACUUGUAAAUUAGAAGUUGUUUUGUAAUAUGGUGGAGUUUGAUUAGAGACUUCAUUGCUUUAUACACGUGCCCAAUCACUGAAAUUCACAGCGAUUCCAUGGGAAAGGAGAGACCGAGAGGAAGCGCACUAGUCAAGUGGUUCCGGAGUUGCCGGAUCAAAUGGUAGUUUUUAGUUCAGCCAGAAGACCCAAUAAUUCACUUGAAAGCCAGAAGACCCAAGCAUUCACUUGAAAUCCAAUCAAAUAAUUGGAAAUUUAAACAUAUUUUGAUUUUUCUAUUUCUCUUUGUACUAUACUAAAAUGGCUGAAACAUUUUGACCGUAAGGUAAAUACUCCGGAUCUACUGAGAUAGUUGAUCAUGUAAGGCUAGUCAUAGUGGGAAAUAACUUAGAUUAGUACCAUGCAUAUAGAUGAUUGCAUUUAUUAGCUUGUAGACUCAUAACACAUUUAUAUGAGUCUAUGUUACUAUCUUCAUCAUCUACUUCCUCAUUUAAUAGUAUGUCUAUGUUACUACCAUCAUCAUUUAUUUCCUCAUUUAAUAAUAUGCCUAGUUGGCAUUGCUCGAUGAUACCUGUUACUACCUACUCCAGUAUAACCAAGGACGAGGAACAUCGAUAUCGCAGGUUAUUUACCGAAGCAAUUCAAUGUACUCAUGAAUUAGCCGUGGAUGAGGAGUACCUACUACUCUCUCCGUUCCUAAAAAUAAAUAUUUUUAGAGAUUUCAAUAUAAACUACAUAUGAAUGUAUAUAGACAUAGUUUAAAACAUAUAUUUAUUUAUUUUGUUUUGCAUGUAGUUCAUUUUAAAAUCUCUAAAAAAACUUAUAUUUAGAAAUGGAUAUAAUUGAUUCUUGAUUUUGUUGCAAGUGAGUAUACAAAUAGCGGAUCGAUAAGUAGAUAUCUUUCUAGUUACUAAGCUCCCUUGAAUUCCUUGCCUCUGGUGGGUCGGGGCUGAGGGGAGCGUUGUUGGCCCAUUUGUCGAUGUGUGUCCAUUGCCCAAGUGUUAAUGUAUAUUAGUAUAUGUUAUUGUGUCUCUCAAAUGCAAAGUAUAUGUAUAUUAUACUCUUAUUUCUUUUUCCUCCGUAUAUACAUUUUGUCUUAAGUCAAACUCAGUGUAAGUUUGAUCAAGUUUUCAAAAAAUGUUAACAUGCACAAUACAAAAUCAAUAUCGUUAGAUCUAUCACGGAAAAAAUUUCUAAACAUAAACUUGAUCAGACUUUACAAAGUUUGACUUUUCAGAGAAAUCUAAUAUGCGGAGUAAAAAUAAACAAAUGCAAUAUAUAAGAACAUCACUGAUUCUCAUUUUCCUGCUAGCUACCCAUAACAUCACAUGCUUUAAAGGAAGGACAACCUACUGUAUAGCUGAAAUGGAGAUGGGCAUGGCGUUUUCGCUCUAGGGAGCAUUUGUUGAUGAUAGUAAAUUAAAAACGAAUAGCAAACCACUUUAGAAAAUGUUAAUUUUCUUUUCAUGUCCAUGUUAGUGUUCAAAACAUUCAUGAAAAUUUUCAUGAGAGAUGGAACAAUAGUCUUUCGUCAAUGAAAAAACAAAGCUAAGUAGUCGAGAAAUGUCAAAAAUUUGUCGUCCAACUUGUCUUUUUACACAGAUUGAAAUACUUUGGCAUUUUAUAGAUGAAUAUGUGCAUGUCUGACUUUUUAAUAUUUUUUGUCAUUUAUAAAAAAUAAUCGGUAAAAAUGCUCCCUAGAGCCGAAUUGAGUACUCUCGCCAUUUCAUAAUGUAGUGCAUAUAUAUUUUUUUAAAGUUAAACAACACAAACUUUGACCAAGUUUUUUGAGAAAAACAUUUACAUCUUUAAUGCCAAGCAUAUAUCAUUAGAUUCAUUAUAAGAAGUAUGUUCAUAUUUUAGAUAUUUAGAAUUAUAGAUAUAAAUAGUUUUCUCUAUAAACUUGGUCAAAGUUCACAAAAUUUGACUUAAAAAAAAUUAUAUGCACUAUAUUAUGGAACAGAAGGAGUAUUUGAAUUUGUACCAAAAAAUGAUGGCUCUGUCUUUUACUAUGCAUGCAAGAGGCCGACGGAUAACUCAUCCAACUUGAUUGGUAGACGCAUUUCAUUCUGUGGUAACAUGCACGAAUCACCCACUGAACUAACAAUUUAACCUAUGAUCAACAAUGCUAUGUAAGAUAAUUAACUAACAAUUACGGACAAUAAGUGAGCAGACCGUAAUAAAACCAUGUAAAAAAUAAAUAGACGAGACUUAACUUAUGACCGAAGAACGACGCGGCAAAGCGCGUGUCACAGUCUAGUACUGCAUGAAAAUAAGUUGAUUCUGAGUUGCACACGCGCACAUGUUGGAUCUUGUCUCAUCAGAGGGGCAGCUGGAAGCUAGUAGAUACUCUGUACCAGUUGACUGAACCCAUUAAGUGUAAGCUACCUUUUUUUAAUCUAAUCUAGUGAGGAACAGGUUCUGAAGCCAUGUACCACUUCUGUCCAGGAUUACUAGUCCUCUUCAUAUUUUAGUCAUAUUUUGAUCAUGAAUUAAAUUUAUAAAAUAGAAGUUAUACAUAACAACAACAUUAUCAUUGAAAAUUACAUUUAAAUACGAAUACAACAAUAUAAUUUUUGUUGCAUACAUUAACAUUUUUACUAGUCAAAUAUGUGGUUAAGGUUUGACCCAAAAUAUGAUUGGACUAAUAAACCAAAAUAGAGACUUGCGUAUAUAUCUACAUCAGUGUUUCUCUCUGAGAAAGGACAAGAAGGUGCGCACAGUUGUUUUAAUCUAAUCCAGUCGAAGAGUAUCUAAUAGUGGAUUCUGAAGCAAGUGGAUAAAAGUAUUUAUAGUUUUGUACUACAUAUAUAGAAGCAAGUUGAUUCUGAUUUACAUGCGCGUAGAGGUCGGAUCUGAUCUAAAACAAAAAACGAUGCCCUCACACUUGCAAGGGGCACCAUAAUAGUUAGACCUCUUUCAAUGCAAAUGUGCUUACAUGAGGUGCUAAGUGCAUUAGAUAACUUAACAACUCAACUCCCCAAUGCAUAUGUGUUUAACUUGUUGUUGGUAAGCUCACUUUAUUUAAUCAUUUAGCAUCUAAACUCUUUCAUGUAUUGGCCAGCUUCUUUCAUGUAAGUGGUUUGCCUAGGUUCAUGCGCUUGGCAUUGGUUCUUCCUGGGAUACCAAAGUGCUCUCUCUCCUCUUUAAUUAUUGUGCCAUGUCAUUUUCUUACUUAUAUGACAUGCUUAGCACCUGCUGGAUCUAUAUGCAUGCAAUCGAGGAGCAUCAAAAUUGUGCAACUAGUCAGUACCAAUUGACCGAAUAAAUUAGAGUACAGUUAAUAGUAAAGCCAGCUGCCGGCUCUAUCUAGUCCUAAGACAGGGACACAUGCUGCACAGUUCUCUAUAGCCAACCUAAGAGCUGAUAUGUCAUCUAUAGCCGAUCUAAGAGCCAACCUAUAUAAUAGUUAGUUAUAAGGUUUCACUGCUUCAUCACUACCCAACCUACCUAUUCACAAUGUUUCUUGAAGCCCAUGCUAUAGCUGACUACUAAUUUGAAACCUAAUUCUCUUCUCUCUCCUCUUCUCUAUCCUUAAACUCAGCAAGAAUAUAAUAUAUAAAUACUUAUUACUUAUAGCUUGCUUACAUCACCUUAUUAUAUUUGCUCCUAAGAUCAAGUGUAAAUUAGUUUGUUUUAAUCUAAUCUAGCGAUGAGUACCUAGUUGAUUCUGAAGUUACUUACAUGCACAUGCAUCUGCAUCACUGUGUCCCUAAGACAGGGACACAUGCUGCACGGUUCUUCUAAUCUAAUCUAGCAAGUGGAUAAACAUAUGUAUACAAGACAAAAAGCAAGUUGAUUCUGAAUUUCACGCGCGCAGAGGUCGGAUCUGAUCUAAAAUUCUUAAUUGAUCGACGGUGUGGGCACUCCACAGAUUACUCUAUAGGUAGUGCCAAACCGGCCGGUGUUGCUAACUUCUUUGUAGAGCCAGGUAGCUAGUAUCACUCAGCUAGCAAUGGUGGCUAUGGGUAUGGGUUCCACAAAGCGUGGCGUUGUGUGGUGCGCCGGCCUGCUCGUCACCGGGCUUCUCCUCGUGGCGGCGGAGGCAGAUUUCUGCUCCGAGGACUGCCGUGGCAAGACCGAUUUCUUGGGCCGCGCCCGUCGGUGCAGAUCUCAGCUUGAGGUUGCACGGCCGACGAACUGCGUCGCCCUCUGCCAUGGCAAGCCGAACUUCAUGGCCUGCUGCAAUCGCCAUCGGUAUGCCCGACGAGUGACUCCGCAUCUGCAGCGUCGGGCCGGCAGGGAAUCCACAACGCAUGAAGAAGAAGCAAGAGGAGGAGCAGUUGGUGUCCUGAAGGCGCCGGCCCCGGCGCCGUGUGAGGUGGUCUGCCGUGACCGGGUGGGCUGGGUGGAGUACGAGCGCUGCCUCGAUCGCUGCCGAUGGGGAGCGUUUGUCCGACGAGCGCUUCUUCAUCUUAAGCUUGCCGGCAGGCAAUCGGCGACACAUGAAGAAGCAAGAGGAGGAGGAAGAGGGGAAGCUCACAUCCUGACGGCGAUGGCGGCGCGGCUCUCGGAUCCAUGCCAGGACAUGUGCCAUAACCACAAGCACUAUGACUGGUGCGUCCGUCGCUGCCGGUUUGGGCCGCAUCUUAGGCUUGCCGGUGGCGGUGGGGAAUCAGAAGAAGCAAGCGGAGGAGGAGUUGAUGUACUGACGGCGACGGCAGCGGGGGCGGCGGCUGACCCACGUAUAUGCGAGGAUUUCUGCCGUAACUGGCCGGCGCCGGAACACGAUUGGUGCCUCGACUUCUGCCUGGCUGGAGACUAUGUACAACGAGCGCCUCUGCAUCUUAAGCUUGCCGGCGGUGAGUCAACGACAGAAGAAGAAGAAGGAGAAGGAAGCGGAGGAGCGGUUGAUGUCCCUCAGGCAGCGGCGGCGGCGGCGGCAGCGCAGGUGCAGCAUGAGGCUGUCGCAGGAACACAGCCGAUGAAAAAUACGGACCCGUGCGAUGACUACUGCAUGGAGCAAACUCGCUACUUUCCCAGGCCCGGGCAGUUCUUCGAUUGCGUCGAGGAGUGCCACGCUGGUCAUGGUCGGCUCGCCGGCGACGGCAGGAAUGUGAUCCCGGCGGCGGCGGCGCAACAUGAGGCUGCUGCAGGAGCGCAGCCGGCGAAUACCGACCCGUGCGAGGCCUACUGCAAAUGGCAUGCUCGGGAUUUCCCCGCCAAGUACACAGCCUGCGUGCGCCAGUGCCAGUCCGGUGGCCACCCCGGCGACGGCGCCCGUGUCAAGCAGGAACGCCACAAGAAGGUCGGCGAGGUCCAUCUUGGCCGUGGCACCGGCAAGAUAGCCAUCCAAUAGGACUGCCCAUUUGCCUUUGUUGUAUUGAGCUUAGCCAGCUCGUUUUUUUUUCCAAAUAAAAGAAUGGCCGGCUACUCGGCACUGCCACGACGUACGUGGCAUUGUUUGCUUUACUUCUGUUUGCUAAAAUAAAGUUUCCAUGACCUCAUCUAGUUACUACCUC